AUGAGAAGUAAUCUUGAUCCAUUUGGUUUUUAUUCAGAUGCAGAAAUAUGGAAUGCACUUGAACAAAUACAAUUGAAAACAUUUGUGAAAGAUAGAAUGUCACAUGGUCUUCAUUCAUUAGUCAAUGAAAAUGGAUCUAAUCUAACAACUGCUAAUAUUAACAAUAUAACAGAUGAAUUGAUUCAAAAAGCUAUUCGUGAUAAAUUCAAAGAAUGUACAGUAUUAACAAUAGUACAUCGUUUACGAACAAUUAUUGAUAAUGAUUGUAUUAUGUGCUUAGUAAUGGAAUUUACUUUACUAGUAGAACAAACAGGAUUAGCCGAAGCUGAAUAUCUUCGAACAUUAGCAAAUUCUUCUGAAUAA